CCCCGCGCUCCCACGUGGUCCCGGCGCCUGUGAAUCGCGCCCGCCGGAGGGUCUCACAGCGAAAUACAAAAGCAGCUGGGAAGCGGCGGCGAGGCGAGUUCCCAGCGCCGGGCAGAGCGCCGGACAGAGCCCCGCAGCGCUCCGCGGCCGCGAUGGGGCUCAGGCGCCCGAAGCCCCGGAGCCGACAAGCUGCCGGGCCCGCCGGCGCGCGGCGCCCGGGUGGUGGCUUUGGAGCGCGGGGGCUGCGGGCGCAGCUCGAACCGGCUGGCCCGCUUUGCCGACGGCACCCGCGCCUGCGUGCGCUACGGCAUCAACCCGGAGCAGAUCCAGGGAGAGGCCCUGUCCUACUACCUGGCGCGCCUGCUGGGCCUCCAGCGCCACGUGCCGCCGCUCGCGCUGGCCCGGGUGGAGGCUCGCGGCGCGCAGUGGGCGCAGGUGCAGGAGGAGCUGCGCGCCGCGCACUGGACCGAGGGCAGUGUGGUGAGUCUGACGCGCUGGCUGCCCAACCUCACCGACGUGUUGGUGCCCGCGCCGUGGCGCUCGGAGGACGGCCGUCUCCGACCCCUGCGCGACACCGGGGGUGAGCUGGCCAACCUCAGCCAGGCGGAACUGGUGGACCUAGUGCAAUGGACCGACCUGAUCCUCUUUGACUACCUGACAGCCAACUUCGACCGGCUUGUGAGCAACCUCUUCAGCCUGCAGUGGGACCCGCGCGUUAUGCAGCGCGCGACCAGUAACCUGCACCGCGGCCCGGGCGGGGCGCUGGUCUUUCUGGACAACGAGGCAGGCUUGGUGCACGGCUACCGAGUGGCAGGCAUGUGGGACAAGUAUAACGAGCCGCUGUUGCAGUCGGUGUGCGUGUUCCGAGAGCGCACGGCGAGGCGCGUUCUGGAGAUGCACCGCGGUCAGGACGCGGCGGCCCGACUGCUGCGCCUCUACCGGCGCCACGAGCCUCGCUUCCCCGAGCUGGCCGCGCUCGCCGACCCUCACGCUCAGCUGCUGCAGCGCCGCCUCGACUUCCUCGCCAAGCACAUUUUGCACUGCAAGGCCAAGUACGGCCGCCGGCCGGGGACCUAACAUCAUCCCAGGAAGAGACGGAGAUUCAGACUUGGGUAUGAAUGACGGGGAAGGGCUGUCGCCUGUGCCAGCGCCUGGGACCAGCUGGCCAAUAGCCAGCCAUGGCCCUGGGCGCGAAAGUGUCUAAAAACUUGUUUCACCCACCUGCCCCUUUCUUUUCAUCCCACGCUGUUUCCUUUCAAAAUCUGGGACGGCCAACUCAUCGAGGCUGGAAGCGUUAACAUUCCCUCCACCCAGUCUGUGAAAGGAUUAUUUCCGAUGCCGGCCAGGAGAUCGGAUCCGCAGAAACUGGCUGCUGUCGUUUGGCCCCAGCCGCGGUGGCUCUCCCAAGGAGAGAUGCACCCCCUUCUUGGGACACCGACGCCCCACUCCCAUUCCAAAAAAGGAAAACUUCCGUUUGACCUUGAGCUAAUUUUGCAAUUUCCUACCAAACGCAGCGCUGGUGGCCCCAGAGCAGGCCUGUGACAUUGGCUGGUGGAGCCCCCUUCCUGUGUUUUCCCUUUGUUCCUGCGCCGCGGCGGUGAGAUCACUGUUCAGAGCCGGGGACAGCCCCAGUAGUACAAAGAGAGCGAGACCUCCGCGCCCUGGGGAGCCCUAGAGACCCUGCCGGUUUGUGUGACUCAUUCCUGACCUCUCCUCCUCGGUUGGGCCUGAAGGCUAGGAAUUCAUGGCUGGCUGUGCGCACUGAGUCGAACAACGAAUUGCUUCUUCUUGCCCCUCCCAACUGACCAAAAUUUUGACAGUGAUAAUGUUCACGAGGAGGAAGAGAAAAAUCAGUUCCGUGCACUUUACUUUGUUUUUAUUUUAAUUUUUUAUUAAGAAAAACUUUUUUUAUUUGACAGAAUUUGCCUUUCUAUGUAUAUAUGUGCAUAAAGUGUGGUGUAAAUAUACUAAACAAACUUAUAUUUCAAUAAAAGGGGGUUUAAAAUUUA